GUCGCCGGUGGCGUCCAUACAGCGACCGGAGCACAGACUCCCUUGUUGUCAGUCACUUUCCCAGCGAACAGACGGCAGCAGCAGCAGCAGCAGGAGGAGCGGAGACGGUAAUCCCCCCCACCUCCCAGCCCACCCCACCCCUUUCGAAACCCACAAACCGGUGGCAGGAGGGGAACAAAACCUCGCGGGACACCUGUGCUGCUGGACGCCACCUUUUAGGCUUUGUGAAACAUGAUUUAAGAUUCACACUCAGAUUCUGGAUGAUGAGGAGGAGCAGCGAUGACUGAGACGGGGAUGUAGAGGCGGAAACAAGCGGCCAAAUCUGCCUCGACUGACGGUGACGGAGCGGUCGGCGGCGCCACCAGCAGCAGCACCAGCAGCAUCAGUCGGUCGGCGGAUGGAGAUGCGAUGUGAAGGCGGAGGGAUGAUGUGAUGAUGAUGAUGAUGGUGAUAUAGCAGGUGCUGCAGGGGUCGUGCCGCAUUGCCUGGCCGCCGCGAGCGACGCCGGGGAGACGGUGAUGCUGUCGUCGUCAUUGUGCCACAGAAAGAGAGAGAAAGAGAGGAGAGGCUUUGACAUGGAGGCAAGCGGCUGUCUGAGCUCAGGCCGCCCGUAUCAGCAGGUCGGCUGUACCGCCUGAAGCCUGGAGGACCUGAGUCAUGAUAUACAUGGUGGAGAAAUAACAAUAAAGUUCAAUUCUUGAGGGUUGGAUUGGAAUGUUUCUGUGCGUAAAAGUGAAUGGCCCAUAUGAUGAUAAUGCAUCACAGGAGCAUCAUAGCAGCAGCAUCUGUGCCAGUUCAGGGUGGAUUACGUCUACAGAGCAGCAGGCCUCCAUCUGAAGUCAGCCUCUGAUCAGGACACCAUUUAAAAUACUUCAUCCUGUUGCUGGAGGUAAUUUAUUCUGUUUCACUGGAAGCUGGUGUGGUCUCCCGCGGAGGUCCAGCUGUUGCGAAACAUGACUCACUUACAGGCUGGCCUGUCUCCAGAGACUCUGGAGAAGGCCAAGGUGGAGCUCAAAGAAAACCCUGAGACUUUACACCAGGACAUCCAGGAGGUCCGGGACAUGAUCAUCACCCGGCCGGACAUUGGUUUCCUCAGGACAGACGAUGCGUUCAUCCUCAGAUUCCUCCGGGCGAGGAAAUUCAACCACUUCGAGGCUUUCCGGCUGCUGGCACAGUAUUUUGAGUACCGACAGCAGAACCUGGACAUGUUCAAGAACCUGAAAGCCACGGACCCGGGAAUCAAGCAGGCUCUGAAGGACGGUUUCCCCGGCGUGCUCUCCAAUCUGGACAGAUAUGGCAGGAAAAUACUGGUCCUGUUUGCAGCCAACUGGGACCAGAGCAGAUACACAUUUGUGGACAUACUGAGGGCCAUCCUGCUGUCGCUGGAAUCCAUGAUAGAAGAUCCGGAGCUGCAGGUCAACGGCUUCAUCCUCAUCAUCGACUGGAGUAACUUCACCUUCAAGCAGGCGUCCAAGCUGACUCCCAGCAUGCUGCGGCUGGCCAUCGAGGGCCUUCAGGACAGCUUUCCUGCCCGAUUCGGGGGAAUCCACUUUGUGAACCAGCCCUGGUACAUCCACGCCCUCUACACGGUGAUACGACCCUUCCUCAAAGACAAGACCAGGAAGAGGAUCUUCAUGCACGGCAACAACCUGAACAGCCUCCACCAGCUGAUCCAUCCCGAGAUCUUGCCGUCGGAGCUCGGGGGGAUGAUGCCGCCCUAUGACAUGGGGACGUGGGCACGAACGCUGCUGGACCACGCCUACGACGAGGAGACUGACUACUGUCCUGAGUCCUACACCCUGUCUGUACAAGACCUGGAGAGAGACCUGGAGAAAAACCUGUCCCCAAAAACCAUGAAGAGGUCCCAGUCGGUGGUGGAGCCGGGCGUCCUGAAGCGACCGGACAAAGUCAAGAGUGAAGAGGACAACAUGCAGCCGCUGCUCUCACUGGACUAAACCACACGGUCAGCCAGCAGCUCUGAGGCAGAUCAAUAUUUACACACUCUUAAAAAAAACAACAAAACACUUACCUGUGCACCUGCUCGUAAGCGACGCGCGCGCUCUGAAAACACGUUCCUCCGGAAAACGCUGCUGCAGCUGCUGGAUUCUUGUUUCCCUUGAACUCGAGGAAAUCAGAACGACACAAGAAGACGAGAAGGACGUUUUGUCAGCCAGAGAGGCUUCCCAAGAGCUACUGAUCUUGUUCUGUAUAUUUAUUUAUUUAGUUAUUUGUCAAGUGCCAAUUCCAGUAACUGUAAAUUAACGGCUUUGAACAGCUCAGCCCUUCAGUAUGGAGCAGGGAGAGGAGAACAAACACUAAGAGCCUGACGACAGUGUGUCCUUCCUACAGAUGUACAGUGUAUGGCCGAUGGGUUUGAAAAAUCAGACGUCACAGAGGGCUUGGGGUCGCGGUUCCCGAACUGCACUUAUUUCUUUGUACAGUAAUUUGAAGACAAUGUCGUCGUCCCCCCGUAUGAGGCAAGAAGCGCGGCUCAGGAAGUGAUAAUAACGAGCUUGUUCAACCUCCUGGACACAAAACUGGCAGACAGACAGGAAUUGGGUUUACUGGGAAUUUACUGGGGGGUUAAUGGGAGUCUUUCCUGUGAAAAUAAUAUGAGCUAUCAGUCACGCUCCAGUUACGUCCUGGACAAAAAGCAAACCUCCUUUGCAAUGAAAGUUGGCUCUAUGAAUUAUCUCUUUUUUUUCCUCCCAUUUUCUCUCUUUUUUCUGACCCAGCAUUUCGUCUGCCAUCAGGAAAACACAAAAACAACUCACGUCAUCAACUAUUUGUUUGGCUGAAGAUGCAUAAGAUGCAUUUAAAGAAGCCAACAGAAAGGAUGUCUCGAGCAGACAAAUUAACAAUCCGGAUUUAAGUUGUUAACGCGUCGCCUUCUCCUGUGACUUUGCGACACAUUUGCUACAUUUUUGGCAAUAACAAUCAAAACUUUACCACAGUGACAACAUCUGUUUCUAAACAUGUCAGUGCUAUAAGAUUUAAAGAACUACACUUUGCUAUUUCUUUGCAUGUUUUAGACAAUUUAAUUAAAAAUAACACUUUUUUAUUGUGUUAUUUCAGUACAUCAUCGGUGCUUCAGAGUACAGCUAAAACUUUAAUCUGUUAAUCAGUGUUAGUGUAAUCUUAACUCAAGAUCCACUUAUUAACUUUCUCCUUAGCUGUCAGCCACAUCAUCUCACAAUUAAUUUACUGAAGAGUUUGGGUACUCAUGUGAUUAGAUUAGAUUACUUUAGUAUCACUGCUAGGCAAACUAAUUUCCAAAGUUUUUUCAUUGCAGGAAGAAAACUCAAAGCUUUCUUAGAGGUGGCCCUGCAGGUCGAGUGUCAGAGCUUCCUGACACGACUUGAACGCAUCGGACCUGCAGGUUAGACCAGGUUAACUGAAAGGGUUCAUGUACAGCAGACACACAGUGGUGAAUUAUCCUUCUCAGGCAGUAUUCAGGUUGGCAGCAGGUGUGCUUCUGUGCAGAGGUGUUUUGUCUGAAGUGUAUUUUCCAUAUUCAGAUCACAGUAUUUUAUUAUAAUGAGGGAUUUUCCUUUAAGCUCUGCAGGUAGACAAGUCACUGCAGCAGUGUAGACAGGAUAUUUGUUCAUUUUAGCUUGCUACACUCACUGUUUUUUAUGCUUCACUGCCUUCCCAAAAAAGGCUUCUUUGAACUGAAUUGGCACCAGCUGACGGUGUCUGACGCGCUCUUCCGAAUCAACGACUCACUGCAGGUUUACGGCGUGAGGCGCAAAAGGUAUGACAGCCGAAUGUUAGGGAGGCAGACAGGCCAUCAGGCAGGAAAACUGCGACAGAGCGGCAGAGGAAAAAGCCAGUCGGGCUGGCAAGCGUGCAGCCGAGCAGAUCACAGAAAGGCCGGCGGGCAGGAAGUGUGAGGUGGCCGGCUGCAACGAGAGCAGACAGCUGGAAUGUUAAACUAUCACACCAGCGUACAUGACAUGUCAACCCCACUUACAACAGCUCAGAGGCUCGACCCUGCACAGUCACACUGUGGCUUCGCCGGUUGCUUCUUUAGGCUCACUGCGAUCUGCCUGGUCCCACCGCUGUUCAAACCAGAGCGAGACAACAGUCAGCCAGAGGUGCUGGAGACAUUUUCCUUUUAUCUAAUGUGUAAUCAGAUCCUGUUAUGGUUGUUUAAUCGUUACUCAUUACAGGAUAAGUCCAGUGUAAUUUCAUUUUGAAUUACUCACUGACCCUUCACUAAAGCCUGAUCCUUGAACGCCUGUCGAGUUUUCUCUUCUCACGCGGAUGAGCUUUAAAGUGGCAGCAGUAGCAGAUGGUUUGCUGUGAUUUUUGAAACGGUGACUCCAACAUUUCACACAGAAGUAAACAAAAGCAUCUGAUUUCCAAAGAGCGACCAUCAGCUUUGUCUGAUGAAAUGACAACUGGCUGAUGCUAACUUUGUCAACUUUGAAAUGGUUCCAGCUGAGUCACGUUGAGAGUUGGACCCUGGGAACAGACUAGAACAGAACAGAAUAAACUUUAUUGUCCAGCCGAGUCAGGACAAUUCUGAACUCAAUGA